AAUUUUUGUACUUCAUAAUUUUGUGAAAAAAUGAAUAUUUCAAAAAAAUUGUUAAACAAUGCCCAACAAAUCAAAGAAUUAUUAUGUGUUAGUUCAUCAAAAUAUAAAAUUUCAUUCCACAUAUUGAUAAGAAAAUGGUCAAGUAAUGAAAUUACAUUACCUGAGACGGAAAAAAAAUUGGACGAUCCAUUAAUGUUAAAACCUUGUAAAAUUGAUUUAACCGAAUAUGCACCAAGUCUUCGGCCUACAUUUAAUUUUGCAGCGUACACUGAUAAAUCCGAAACAUUGCAACAGCUAAUAAAAUUAGGUGUAAAUUUACAUAAAUUAGAAAAGAAAGUUGGAGUGCCGGAAUUUAUUUUAAAAUUAGAUUUUGAACGUGAUAUAAAAAAGUAUAUAAUCUUUUUAACGGAUCAUGGCGUUGAAGCGAGUAAUUUAGGAAAUUUUAUUACAAAAAAUCCUCGAAUAUUUGGAGAAGAUUUAGAUUAUUUACAAAUAAGGUUGGAAUAUUUAAAAUUAAAAAAAUUUUCACCUGUUAUGAUAGCAAAAAUUUUAAAUAAUAAUCCAUACUGGUUAAUGUUUGCUACGGAGCGAAUCGAUCGACGUUUGGGUCAUUUUCAAAACACAUUUUCAUUAAAUGGACGAGAAGUACGAAAAUUAGCUAUUAUUCAGCCAAAAUUAAUUACUUAUAAAAUGGAAACGAUUAAACUAAAUACGUUUGCCAUUCAGGAGGAAAUGGGAUUUCAAAAACAUGAAGUUAAAGAAUUAUUAUUGAAACGGCCCAAAUUAUGGAUGAUCGAUCAAAAACAAAUGAUUGAGACUUUUUAUUAUGUUCACAAUGAAAUGAAAAUUCCACACAAGAUAAUUUUAAAAUUUCCUGAAACAUUAUUUUGUCGAAAAGCCCGAUUAAAAGAACGCCAUCAGUUCUUGGAAAAACUGAAUAAAGUACAAUAUAAUCCAACAAAAGAGAAUUAUAUAUCAAUUAAGGAAAUUAUUCAAGGGAGAGAUGUUGAUUUUGCUGUUAACGUAGCAAAAUCUACAAUUGAUAUUUAUAAUACAUUUUUGAAAACUUUGUAGGAAAAUAUCGAUUUUUUUUUUUUAGAAAAUUGCAAAAUAUUUACUUAUAACGUUUCUGUCAUCUAGUUUUAUAGCGAAUUCGUUUUCUUCUAGAAGCUUGCAACACCGAGCACUCCCGAAAUAUUAUUCCAAUUAUUAUCAUAUUUGAUAAUAAUGUAAUAUAAUAUUAUUAUAGUAUUUGAUAAUAAUUUAUUGUCAAAAAACAUUUGAAAUGAUAUCGUUAGUGUUCGUUCGAUAUUGCCAUCGGAAAACAAAUAGAAGAAAGCGAAUACGUUAUUAACCAAAAUAGCGCCAAAGGCCGUAGAGCCUUAAAAAAAAAACUAACGACCGAAAGAGAGAGGUUAUUAUAAGAAAUAAAACUAAUUUUGUAACUUGUAAAAACGUGUAUAUUAAUUGCUCUAAUAGUUUAAAAUAAAAAACAUUCAAAUAAAUAAAAUAUACAA